GAAAGCUUGGUGUUGAAGAGAAGAACAUUUUGAAUCAAAUUUACUUAUAAAAUUUGAUUGUUCUUAUCUCAUGAUGGUCGAAUAUAAUUGAAUUUGCAUGCAGAGAGAGAGAGAGAGAGAGAGAGAGAGAGAGAGAGGGGUUAGGGAUUAAAGAAUGGAAGAUUAGGUUUGUUGCAAUAAUAGUUUAACCUGCAAGGGGCAGUUGGGGUUGCAGUGGUUAGUAGUCUUGUAUUUCAAAAUGGGCAGUGCAGGGUUUCCAGUUGGUGAAUCGUGUCUUCCUUUUGAAGAAAGCUUUUGUCGAUUUUAUCUGAAACGUAUGUAGAGUAUGCACACCACCUGUUCGAUGAAAGUCCCAGCAGAAUUUGGUGGUUUCUAACACUGCCCAUUUUAGGGAUUGUUGGGAUUUGGAGGUGUUUGUCUCUCACUUGAGGUUAAUGUGGUGGAUGUGACUGUGUAACAACUACUCUGAUACUCCCCACUGCAGAUAUAGAGAGAGAGAGAGAGGGGAAAAGUUGGGAGGUGGGAGAAAGGGAAUCUGCUUUCUAAUUCACCAGUUUGGUGAGAGAUGUUAUUUAGCCAGUGAGAGUGUGUGUGUGUGUUCUUCAGUACAGAAAUUCUCCAUAGCCAGUCUACUUUGAGCUCUGAAAGUUUCUUAUUCUUUUCUACAUUUCAUCAUUCAUCAUUGAUUAUCAAUUCUAGGGUUCCUGAAAAUCAGUUGCUGCUUAGAAUUUAUACAUCUUUGGUGCAUUCAAUUUGAAAAUCUUUAUUCUGUGUGACCAUUGGAUGCUGCUUGCUGCUACAAUGAGGGGUUUCUUUUGCUUUCUUUAGGCUAUAAUUUCAGCUCCAUAAAGCUGCCUGGUUUACAUAUACAUAUAUAUAUAUAUAUCUGCCUUGUUGAGUGCUGCAAGACAUUGCCAGCUUUGUACAGUCAAAGCCCAAACUUACCUUUCUUUACCUUAAAAUAGUGGAAGCUUGGAGUUGGGGUUAGGUUUGAUUAGGUUAGGGUUGUUUGGAUUUGUGGGAACUUUAAUUUAAAUUUAUCAAAAUAAUAAUAAUAAUAAUAAUAAUAUCUUGAUUAUGGGUUCCCAAGAAAAUGGGGAUAGAGUGGUGUUUUCUUCUUCCUCUGUGAUGAAUACAGCUUUAGAACCUGACAAUGGUGCUGGAUUGUUGCCUAUUUCUUCUGAAUCCAUCUUCAAAUCUCCAUCCUGUUUAGACCCUUUUUGGGAUCCAUCGAAUUUAAGGAUUCAGGGUGAAAGAAUUGGGAAUUCUUCCAUGGUUCUUGGGAGUGAGUUUGGUAACUCACACUACCCUUCAUCGAUGUUGGAGAAUCAAGUCUCUGGAAGCUCUUCUUGUUUUCCAUCAUCAGGAUUAGUUCAGGUUUUGCCAAAGAUCCCUUUUUUGGGAAGUCGGAAUUACUCAGAAAUGGUUACUUCUUACAACAUGGACCAAUCGAGUCUUCCCCCAAAUCAUGGCAACAAUUGGCAUUCCCAAAUCUCACCCAAUGGUAAAAGGAAAAGAAAGAAUGUUGAAAUGGAAAAUCAGCUCAAGGAUCCACCUGGGAACUCUUCGGAUUCUCCCGACGACGACGGAGAAAAGAAAUGCAUUCGCGGGCAUUCUACGAAGCAAAUUAAAGACGGUAACGCUGCCGAAUUGUCGAAAGAAAAUUACAUUCAUGUUAGAGCCAAAAGGGGACAGGCGACUAACAGCCACAGUCUUGCUGAGAGGGUGAGAAGAGAGAAAAUUAGUGAAAGAAUGAAGCUGCUGCAAGAACUUGUUCCUGGCUGUAAUAAAAUUACCGGGAAGGCGGUGAUGCUCGAUGAGAUCAUCAACUACGUGCAGUCGUUACAGCAGCAAGUCGAGUUCUUGUCGAUGAAGCUUGCGAGCGUGAAUCCAGAGCUAAACAUGGACAUCAACGGCAUGCUGUCCAAAGAUAUUCUUCAGACGCGAGGUGGCAACGUUGGUGUCAGUUUAGGACAGAGUUCAGGUUGUCCGUUCCCGGGGCUUCCCCUGGGAACCAUCCCAGGGGCAGCCUCGUCAUUCCACCCGGCUUUACCUCAGAAUUUGUGGAGCAAUGAGCUCAUAGGUAUUCUUCAAAUGGGAUACGACGCCAAUCCUUCCUCGGCCGGGAUAAAUGGGCUGUCCAAAAUGGAGCCAUAGAGGUCGAAUGUAAGAAGGAAGUAUCUAACCAGAGGAGAGGAAGAACUACUUGCAGAUCUGCCAUUGUUCUUCGAGUUUUAGCAGAAGAAAUUUUACUGAUGAAUAUUAUUCAGAUUCAGACAUCAAGCACUGUACAUUUUAUUUGAUUCCUGAAAAUUAAUCAUUCUUUUUUUUUUUUUUUUUGGUAAAUAUAUAUAUGAAUUCUGAAACUAAAUAUUGCAAUGUUUCUUGAAAUAUUGAGAUAUAUAUAUUUUAAAAUUUUAAAUUUGGGAUAUUUUUGGAUAUUGAAUACUGGCAACAACCUACAUGGUCUUGUCUUAAUGUCUCUACUGGCUAUGGCAUCCUUAUUUAUUGCCAUAGAAUUAUUGUUGUAUAAUUAAUUUUGUGGAAAUGACUAAUGGCAUGUCACAUGCAAUUUUUAUUUU